AUGGUCCCAUUACAGUCUAACAAGGGUUUCAGUUGUCUGAAAGAGGCAAGAUACGGAGACAUGGUCCCUAAGACCAUAGCAGGAAAGAUCUUUGGCUCCAUCUGUUCUCUCAGUGGGGUGCUGGUCAUCGCUCUGCCUGUUCCCGUCAUCGUUUCCAACUUCAGCCGCAUCUACCAUCAGAACCAGAGAGCUGACAAGCGCCGGGCUCAGAAAGUUCAGAAAGCCCGACUGUCCCGAAUGAGAAUUACCAAGAGUGGCAGCUCUAGCGCCUUCCCGCAUAGCAAACGGAAUGGGCUCAACCAAUCACUGGAGCUAACGCAGCUCCCCUAUUACAAGAUGAAACUUUCACCACAGGGCUCCUUGGAGGAGGACCAACAACUGAAGAAGACCACAUCUCUGCUGGAGAGUCAACAUCACCAUCUUCUGCACUGCCUGGAGAAGACCACGAAUCAUGAGUUUGUGGACGAGCGGCUGUAUGAACAAGGGUACCUGCAGACAGCACUACAGAACUUCCCAUCGCAGAGUCCAUCUCUCUCCAGUGAAGAGGGCAUCACUGGCACCUGCUGCUCUCGGAGAACCAAGAAGAGCAUGCAGCCUCUCAGUGCCACACACACACACUCACACACACACAACCUGCAGGAGCUCAGCGCAUUACACAUCCAGUGUGGGGAACAGCAACCACUAAACACCAGUCGUUCCAGUCUCAAUCUGAUGUCGGAUGAAUCAGGGAGUCUGAACUGCAAGAGCAGUGGACUGGUUACCACGGCAAUCAUCAGUAUCCCAACCCCUCCCUCGAACAACUAUCGAGCCAGUCCCGACGCCCCGCCCCCUCCCAACCCCGACGCUCCGCCUCUUCCGAACCCUGGCACUGAUGUGGUGAAAAUCUCUGCGCUGUAG